AUCGAUGGUUCAUUCAUUUAUGUGACGUCAUUAUGGCCUGGUUGGGUUAGGUUUGCUUGGAAAUUUUUGUUAACAAUCUUGUAUUUUAAUAUAUUAUAUGUUGUGCUACUUAUUUUAGAUUAGUAAUAUAAAUACCUCAUAUAGUACCGGUAAUCCUGGUGCCAAGAAGUGUCUGUUUCGACGACAUUUUCUGGCGAAAAUGAAUCGCCAUGAAGGAGUCAGCUGUGAUUCUUGUUUGAAAAAUAACUUCAGAGGACGACGAUACAAAUGUUUGAUUUGCAUCGAUUAUGACUUGUGCGCAGCCUGCUAUGAGUCCGGCGCUACCACAAACCAACACACUACAGAGCACCCAAUGCAAUGCAUUCUAUCUAGAAGUGACUUUGAUCUGUACUAUGGUGGCGAGGCAUUAACUUUGGAACAACCGCAAGCAUACACAUGUCCAUUCUGCAAUCGGAUGGGCUUCACUGACACAGCGCUCAUGGAGCAUGUUACCGCAGAGCAUGCAGAUACAACAUUGGCUGUGGUGUGUCCAGUAUGUGCUUCAAUGCCUGGUGGGGAACCAAAUUUCGUGACCGAUGACUUUGCCGGACAUCUUACCUUGGAACAUAGGACUGGUCCUAGAGAUCUCAUUUCGUUUCUAGAUGAACCAAGCGGUAUCAGGCACGGAGGAGUGCGACGUACGCCGCACUCCGGCCGCGGCGUGAGUCGCGCGCGACGUACUAAUAUGCAAUUUAGCACGGGCGGCGGCAUCUCGUCGCUGUCGCCUUCGUCGCGCGACGCCGUCGUGGACCCCAUCGCCGAGCUGCUCUCGCAACUGUCGGGAGUGCGGCGCGGCGCCGGCCAGCCCGGCACGCCCAGCCAGCUGCAGCAGCUACAGAUGCAGCUGCAACUGGAGCGGCAGCAGGCCACGUUUAAUCAUCGACAGGCGGCUCGACAACAGUUGGAGCGACUGCCGCGGCGCGCAGGCGGAGCGACCGGCGGAGCCAGCGGCAGCGCGCCCCCGCCCGCGCCACAGCCUGCCGUAGCGCAGCCCCAACCACAACCCGAACCUAGCGAUUCGCAGUUUCUCCUUUCUGGCUUCCUCGGUGCCAGCGACAGUCAGGCGGGGCCCGAGGCGGAGAGCCGCGCGGCGCUGCUGCGCGGCCUGGUGCUGGCGUCCCUGGGGCGCGCGGCGCCGGCGUGGCGGCCGCCCCCGCCUGCCGCGCCGCCCGCGCCGCCGGCGCCGCUGGAGCCCGCGCCGCCCGCGCUGGCGGUGGCGGCGCGCGUGAAGCCGACGCCGCGCAGCAAGGAGACGGCGCGCGCGGCGGCGGCGGCGGCGGCGCGGCUGCCGGAGCGCAGGUAGGAGCGGCGCGGCCCGCCCGCCGUGCCCGCCACGGACGUCGGUGGACGAAACUGUUGGAUGUUUACUCGUUAGAUGUUACGGUAGUCCGCGAGGUACGCGCCGGAGGGUAAAGUUUGUGGCCGUCGAUGUUGUUAGUGUUUAUCCGUUGUAAAUAUGGAGUCGCGGGCGUGUCGCGAGCCCCGGCCGGAGACGCACCGUUACCUGGACUCGUUUCUUUGUUUUACGCUAACACUUAUUAGUGGACGCUUUUGUUUGUUUUGUUGGCUUUCGAAAUAUCCGUGUGAUUUCCUUUAUCGUAGAGAUUUAAUAGUGAUGGAAUGUUUUAAUCGAUUUAACUACGAUUAAAUUUUAAAGAAUAAUGAUAUGCAUAGGGCAUCGUUAUUAAAUUAUUAUCGUACGAGAGGAGUCCUAUUGAAUUGCAUUUGCAUUAAGAUUAGAUAAGUUAAAAUAAUUCGCCGAUUAUUCAAAAUUUAUAAUAAAAUUUUGACAAUGGUCAAUCUUUAAAGUUUGACGUCGAUUGUUUAGGGUCGUUAUUAAAUAAUUAAGUAUUGUAUUUAUCUUAUAUAAAGUGUAGGUAUUGUUUUAAUUUAUUCAGCAACUUAACAUAUUUCACGGUAAACACUGACUCCUCUCUAAAGUUAUUUUUAUAAAGCAGUUGAGAACAUACAUACUUACCCACAAAUUUUCACUAGCUACUCAAACAAAGUGCUUAUUAGUUUGAUUAUUAUACUCCAACAUUACAAAAUGUUUGUAUGUACCCUAAUUAAAUUCUAUAAUAUUA